AUGGUCCCUGCAUUAAAACUGCUGCUCUUCACCUGUAUUUGGCCUACUUCUGUUUUAGCCAAUAACAGUGAUCAUCAUAACUGCCAUCACCACCAUCAUCCUCAAAGAUCAUUCAUGAAAAGACAUAACAGCAAACAAGAAAUUAAGAUGAAGAAACUAGACAGCACUAAAAUAUGGCCCAUGAAAUCGGAACAACUUCUCCGCAUAGAGAACCAUGAUUUUGCCAUGAGACCUGGCUUUGGAGGAUCACCCAUACCAGUGGGCAUUGAUGUGCAAGUAGAAAGCCUCGAUAGUAUUUCAGAAGUUGACAUGGACUUUACAAUGACUUUGUAUCUCAGGCAUUACUGGAAGGAUGAGAGACUCUCAUUUCCUAGUACCACAAACAGAAGCAUGACCUUUGAUGGAAGGUUAAUAAAAAAGAUUUGGGUACCUGACACAUUUUUUGUUCAUUCUAAAAGAUCUUUUAUCCAUGACACAACCAUGGAGAAUAUUAUGUUACGUGUCUACCCAGAUGGCAAUGUGCUCUUCAGUUUACGGAUAACAGUUUCUGCUAUGUGUUUCAUGGACUUCAGUAGAUUCCCACUUGACACUCAGAAUUGUUCUCUAGAGUUGGAAAGCUAUGCUUACAAUGAAGAAGACUUGAUGCUGUACUGGAAACAUGGCAAUGAAUCUUUAAGCAUAGAUGAGCACAUUUCUCUUUCUCAGUUUUUCAUUGAAGAAUUCAGUGCUUCUAGUGGAUUAGCAUUCUACAGCAGUACAGGUUGGUACAAUCGACUUUUCAUAAACUUUGCUCUACGGAGACAUAUUUUCUUUUUUGUUUUACAAUCCUAUUUCCCCUCUAUGUUGAUGGUGAUGCUAUCUUGGGUUUCCUUUUGGAUUGACCGAAGAGCUGUUCCUGCAAGGGUAUCACUAGGUAUAACUACUGUGCUAACAAUGUCAACCAUAAUCACCGGAGUAAGUGCCUCAAUGCCCCAGGUCUCUUAUAUAAAAGCUGUGGAUGUAUACUUAUGGAUCAGCUUUCUUUUUGUCUUCCUGUCGGUUAUUGAAUAUGCAGCUGUAAACUAUCUCACCACAGUGGAAGAACGAAAACAACUGAAAAAUAGAGGGAAG